CUUGGUGAUUGUAUUGGAAAAGGACAGUUUGGAUCUGUGUACAGAGCUUUGGAUAUGCAAACUGGUGAAAUUGUAGCAAUUAAACGUAUUCUGGUACAAGAUGCAAAAGUAGAAGAUGAAAUCAUGCAAGAAGUUAAUCUCUUACGUGGAAUGACCUGUCCUCAUAUUGUUCGUUAUAUUGGUUUUGCUCGGGAUACUACAUAUAUGAAUAUUGUAUUAGAAUAUGUUGAAAAUGGAUCACUCUUAUCUACCCUCAAAGCCUUUGGCAGUUUACCUGAAAAGUUAGUGGCAUCCUAUACAUACAAGAUUUUAAAAGGAUUGGAAUAUCUUCAUAAUCAUGAUGUAGUACAUUGUGAUCUAAAGGCUGCGAACAUUCUGACAACAAAGACAGGUGAUAUCAAAUUGACUGAUUUUGGUGUAUCAUUGAAUUUGAAAAUCAAAAAAGAAGAUGGGAAAGGCACUCCUGCUGGUACACCCAAUUGGAUGGCUCCUGAAGUCAUUGAAAUGAAAGGAGCUUCCACGAAAUCUGAUGUUUGGUCUCUUGCUUGUACUAUUACAGAACUCUUGUCUGGUAAACCCCCUUAUGCUGAUCUUAUCUCCAUGUCGGCUUUGUAUCAUAUUGUAGAAGAUGAUUGUCCACCAUUACCCAAUGAUAUAUCCAAGGCAAGUCAUUCUUUCAAUCUACGCGAUUUUUUAUUAUUGUGUUUUAAGAAAGAUCCUGAAUGUCGACCUACAGCAGCUGAAUUACUCGUCCAUCCCUGGUUACGUACAGUCAAGUAUGAUUCAACUCGAUCUACAUUAUCACGGCAAAAGAAACUGGAAAAUCAAAAUAUACAUUUACAAACGACAAUGAAACGACUGAAGUUAUUGCAACAAAUACAAGAUACAACUAGCAACAAUAGUAUCAUGAAUGAUGAUGAAAGCCAAUUGACCAUUGUUACUUGUGAAGAGGAUUUCUUGACUUUGACUGGUAAAACCUCUGGAACACCAACACCCACUCGACAAUCCCACCACCAAUUCAUUAACAUUCGUCUUUCAGUGGAAAAUGAAAGUAGGUUUAUCAUAUAG